GACAGCAAUAUCACCCGAGACACAGCUGAAACAGAUAGCGUCGACUUAGCGAGCGAGUGACAAGAGAGGUUGGGAGAUGCAGGGCGGGAAGAGCUCGAGCGCGGUGGGCGCGGCGAAGGAGGCGGUGGCGAACGUGGGCGCGUCGGCGUGGGCGGGGAAGGAGAAGACCAAGGCGGUGGUGCAGGAGAAGGUGGACAAGGUGAAGGCGCACGACCCGGCGGCCAAGGCCUCCGCCGAGGCCAAGAAGCAGGAGCGGAUCCAGGAGGUGGAGGCCGUUAAGCAGGACGCCAUGCGCCAGAACGCCGCCGCCAAGGAACACGCCACCGCCUUAAGCUACCAUCCCACACCUGACGCAGACAGGGAGGCCCGCGCCGUGGCGGUGGAGGGCCCCGGCGCAGGGCCGGCGGCAGCUCCGCGUGCGGGGAGCAUAGACGACGGCCGCCUGCCCGCGGGGGCGGGGCACGCGGUGGGCACCCUGCAUGCGCGCGGCACGGCCGGCGGCCGCUCGAUGUAGGAGGAGAGCUCGUCUGAGAUUUCUCUCCACGGUGAUUUGCGCGCGCGUGUGUAAAAUGGCUUUGCGAUCAGCGAGCGUUAUGUUUGUUCGAGUUUGCUGCUGUACUUAUUAUACUGGUUUGGUUGUCUGUCUUGUCUGGUUUGAAAAUUGAAACUAUGAUG